GAGACGAAAGGCUCAUUCCGUGCCUGAGAAGCAACUCCGGCGCUCCUGCCGAAACCCUCUCUCUCCGUGCCCUCGCCCAGAUUUCGUCGGUACGUUCAAAAAGGGGUUGAUCAAACAGAAACUUGUACAACAGACUAUAAAGUUGCCAAGGAGUUUGAUGACGUUUGUCGAAUUUGAUGACGUCUCUAGUAGUGUGAUAUUAUUCGCUGUCCAACUCUUGGAACCUCAUUCGUGACUUGGAAACUCGAGAGCAUCACACAGCACCCAGCACUGAUAUUCCAUCUCAUCAACUCUUAAUCAAGGAAUACCAAUUAACACCAUGGAAUCUUCAUCAGUAACAACAUGCUGCCUUGUGUGGGCUUCAAUGAUAGCAGAAGCUUUUGGAAAAUCCUCCAAUAACCAGGAUAGCUCUGACUCCCGCGGAGUCGCCGUCGCCGCUCCGGCUCUCCUCAUCGCACUCGCAGUCUCCAUCAUGGCCGUGGCCGCCCUCUCCAUCCGUGCUCUACGACGAAAUCAACCCGCUGAGAUCACGAUUCACCUCGGCUCAGCGAGCACUACCGUAGACGUCGAUGCCCUAGGUCCACCGAGCCUCGCACUUGACCUCGAUGACGACAACGUACUCGACUUCGAGGAGGAAGAGGAGGACGAGGAGGCGAAGGAAGAAGCUAAGACCAGGAGAUUGGGCAAUUUGGCUCAGGUGAUGAAGAGUGGCAGAUUUUUUAGGGCGAACGGCAUGGAAGAGUUGCCCUAUUCACCCAGGAGCUGCCGCAGGUUACUGGCUUCCUCUUCAUCAGAAACAAGAUAAUGAUUAUUCCCACCUUCGCCUGUUGGAGAUAAAAUCGAAGUCUUGGAAACCCCUCGCGCGGCGUUCCACAACCCUCAGUCAAAAAGUUUCAUGACAACACCAGAAAUGUGAUGAUGACCUCGUCGACAUCAUGAAGACGAAUAUCUUACAAGCCGAUCACGAAACGUCGACAUCGCUCAUGAGCGUAAAGGCAUCGCGACUUCUCGUGGUUGGGGCUUUCAAGAAAGAAGGGCUAAUGAUCGAGUCCAGGACUUUCCAAAGAUUUGUUCAUAUAUCAAAGAAACAUUAUAUCAGUACUAAAUAGACGUUUUCUAUCGGAAAGGAAACUGAAACGUCACAGACUUUAUGUAAAUAAGAUAAAUUAUAUUUAUUUUUAUCAACAUCGUCAAAGUAAGAGGUGUUAUUAAUGCUAUUUUUUUUUUAUAUGACUUUUACUGAAAAGAGUUGCAAUGAAUGAUAAGCUUUAUGAUUACAGUACUACGCUACGCACAGAAUGAUAAGAUGAGAAAUUAUCCAGUUGAACUUCGACAAUAUUUUUAAAAGAUACUGUCUCGUAAAGAAAAAUCGAAGCUUCAAAAAUAAUGCAUGUUUCUUGCAAAAUUUACAUUUUAUUUGGUGUCGUUUGAAUCUAAAAAAAAAAUUCUUCAUGGACUCGUGGAUUAACAUGAAAUAACGUAAUUCUUUUAAAUUGCUAAACAAUAUUUCAAAUUUGGAAUGGUUUUACCGAAAUAAUCGGGUAAUAUAGUGGACAAAAGAAAAGAUUUCCUCAUUAAAUUUUUUUUUUUUAAUUGUCAAAGAGAAUUGAAUUGAUAACAUAUGCGUUAUACGGUAAUAUUGCAAAAUUAUAUGUAUACCCCCACUAAAUGGUGCGUAAGAGCCUGAAUGAUUUGUUAUUGUUAUUGUCGUUAUGCAGAAAUAAUAUACGUGAAAAAUAUUUCAAAGAAAAAUUAA